CAGUGGGUCUAUUUAUUAUAAUGUAACACCUAAGCAAAAUGUUGUGUUGUGUGUCUCUUCUCUUUCCAAACUCUCUUCUUCCCUUCCAAGACCCUUUUGAAGCAACCGAUGGAAUUUCAGUUUCUUCCCAGAUUCUACCUUCUUGUUUCCUUAUCCAUUCUGUUCCUUGCACCCUUUCACGCUCAAGCUAAAAUUAAAGUGACUUACUGCGAUAAGAAGGCAGACUAUGCUGUGAAGGUGUCUGGAGUUGAAAUAUCACCAAACCCUGUGGUGAGUGGCCAGGCGGCUACCUUUAAGAUCUCAGCAACUUCUGGUAAAGCUAUUUAUGGUGGAGAGGUGGUAAUUGGAGUUUCAUACGUUGGGGUGCCAGUCCAUACUGAAAGAAUUGAUCUUUGUGAAGAAGUAACCUGUCCUGUUGCUAAUGGCAAUUUUCUGAUUUCUCACACCCAAACAUUGCCUGCAAUUACUCCACCGGGACCCUACUCUCUGAAGAUGACAUUGAAGGAUGAUCGGGAGGAGGUGUUAACUUGCGUUAAGUUUAAUUUUAAAAUUGUUUUUGGAUCUUUUGUGUCUGAUAUGUAAAGUGUCCUUUGCAUGCCUGAUCUGGGGAACUUUUUUGCUUUGUUGUGAAGUGUUUUAUUGUAUUUUGCACUGUAUAUCACCUUUCAAUUCAAGAGUCGUAUCGUAUAAGGCCAAUAUUCUCUAAUGUCAGAGUCAUUAGACUCACGAUGUUGUAUAAGGUCCAUGACUGAAUUUCUCUUUCUGUAUUUGCAUAGUGCAAUCCAUAGUUCUGAAUUGCGGUCGCGGCUGCUAUGAUGCAGAUUGCGGCAUGAAAUUAUUAUAUGAUUGCACCGAAUGCAAAAAAGAGUUCUACAGUUAUUUUAAUUAUUGAUAUAUCUUUUGUUUACAUGGU